AUGGCCGCGGAGACAGGAAGUGCCGAGGGGUCGAGCCGGCCCAGACGCUUCACGUUCUCCGAUGAGGCACCUGCCCCCCAGUCCGCCCCGGCGCCGAGCACCUCGUCGACCGCCAUCCCGCCGCGGCAAGGUUUUUCAGCGGCCACCCCGCCGCCUUCCUAUGGGGGCUUUAGCCAGCAACCAAGACCGGCAGCGAUGCACCAACCGCCGGCGGCUGCUUGGCCCCAGCAGCAACAGCAGCAGCAGCCGAACUGGGGCCCUCAAGGCCCCGGGGCCUGGGGCGCGGGCGGUCCGGGUGAUGGCUGCUGGGGAGGCGAUGCGUGGGCCGGUGGAUGGGGCCCGGGUGAUGCCUGGGCAGGCUGGGGGCAAGGAGCCUGGGGCAAAGGAGGAGCAGGAGGCGCAGGUGCGUUUGGCGGCCCUCCGAUGUUCGGGACUGUGCUGAUCGGUACGGUCAAGAGCUACUCCUCCGUCAAAGGCUUUGGGUUCCUGAUUCACCCUGAUAUUCCGCAGGACAUAUGGUUUGCGAAGGAAACCGUGGCUGCGGAGCUCAGGACCUCCGACCUAGCCGGGACGGCCAUGGCCUUCGAGCUCAUGAGGGCUCCAGAUGGCAAGCCUCAGGCUCGCAAUCUGCGACCUGCCCCGGCCGGUGCCGGAAUGCCCCCACCCCCGGUGAACCCCAACCACCACCCGCACCUGAUGCCGGGCUUCCGGCCGGGAUUGCCGGGCCUCAUCCGACCCGGUUUCCCGGGUGCGGUCCGUCCUUUAGGCGUCAUGGGCGUUGGUGUUGGAGUUCCACUCGGGGGCCCCGGCCAGCCGAAACGCAGGGCAUGGUCGCCUCAUGCUGGUUCUCGAGCCAUAGCUACAGCCUCCAUGGAAGAGGGGCAGGUGCCUCCCCCGCUGCAGGGCCUCUUCGAGCGCACAGAGGAGCCAGAAAGCCACGGCGGCCGAAAGCGCCGCGUUCCACACGUGGAAGGGAUGUCCAAGCUCCAAGGCCUCGAACAGCUUUCCACGGUUCUUGUUCGGCUGCAGGCGCGCUUGGCUGCGGACUUGCGACCGCUGCAAGGCGUGCAAGGGGAGGCGCUGCUUUCGCAGCUGGCGCCCUUGGGGGAGGUCCAUUGCACAGACCCCGAGGUUGGCGCAGGAUGGCACAUUAGCCUGGCCCCACUGAUGAUGCUGCGACGUCAGUCAAUCCAGCCUUUUGAGGAGAGGCUCCGCAAGCUUGCAGAGGGCCUCAGCGUCCCGGAGGGUGUGCAGGAAGACAUCUGGUUCAACGAAGGCUUGGAGGUCUUCUCAUCGGCUGAGGGUGACAGAUACUUUGCUGGCGUCUCCGCGGCAGCUGCCUCCCAGCGCUGGCUGCGGCCCUUGGCAGUCGCCGUGCAAGCUGCAGCGCGUGACCUCGGGAUGGCGGUGCCCAGCCACAGCGCUGAGCUCCUUCAGCUGCACUGCUCACUGGCCUGGACAGUGGGUGAGCUGCAGCCUGCGUUGCGCGCAGCAGGUGCUGACAUGCAGGAAAGUCCGUGGGGUCGAAGAUGGACCUUGGAUGAAGACCCUAAGCGCCCGAGACCACAGGCGACCACUUGGCCUGGGACUUUGCAGAAGGAAUCCAUCCGCCUUCGAGUGAAGGGCCUGAUGGCUAGAAUCGGCGACAGAACCACAAAUGUGUCCUUUCCACAGCUGGCGGGCAUUGCAAGCGAACGUGAGUCCGGGUCCGACAGCGAGAAUGACGAGGAUUAG